CUGGGCCAUGUCACCAUGCCGGCGCCGGUCACCAGGAGCCGCGAGAUGCUGACCUUUCACGGCGGAGUUUCUCCCGGUUACUACCCGCUGGUGCCGCCGCGGCCCGGCCCCGGCCAGGCCCACCUCACCCGCCACGAGUCCUCACCCACGGCGGGGCUCAGCGUCAGCAGGGCCGCUCCCCACGCCCGCCUAUUUUGGUCGCGUGCAGCCCAAAGUAGACGCGAACUUGGCACCAGCACGCAGGCCUCGGUGAGCGCGUACCAUGCCGUGGCCGCAGGAUGCCCCGCCGGGGACAUUCCCGAGGCUGGCGCUCUGUCUCUGCCUCGCUCCAAAGGCCGCCGCCGCGUUCACCUGCAGACGGUGACCCAGCCGCCUGUAACAAGUGUGUGUCAGUCACUCACUCAGGGGCUGAUCACGUGCUACACUCGCGCCCUCUAUCCAGUGCUUACCAGUACCCACCCCAUCGUUUGGAGCCAACUUGGUGUGGCGAUCAGAUGCUUCGUGUGCAACUCCGAGACGGACUCCGCCUGCAAUGAGUCUAUGCAAAGUGACUCCCCGGCCAUGAUCAACGCAUUCGGGAAGGAGUGCCCCAUGAUGGAGAACGAGACGAUGCCCUUCUGCAGGAAAGUCAAGGAGAUGAUGGAGAUCAAGACCGUCGUGAGGAUGCACCGCGAAUGUGGCUACAAGAGGCGCGAGGAAUACCCCGACUGCUACCAGAAGCGGUCUGAGGACUACGUCAUGGAAGUGUGCCAGUGUGACGAGGAACUCUGUAACGACGCCCCCGGCCUGGCCACCCCCUUCGCCCCCCUCCUCGCAGUGGUCGCCUUCCCCUUGCUGGCCAGGGUCAUGUGAGUGCAGGAAGACGUAGGGAGUAGACCUUCGUAAGCCCAGGACCACACAGCACAUGCACAGCCCUGUUGCUCCUCGUCCUCCUCUUCCUCCUCACCACAGACACACAUGCACUUGUAGACAUUUCUAUGGACACAUUUGCUUUCUGUGUACACAUCUCAGACUUAACAUUUCUGUAACAAAACUUAACCCCAGGUAUAAAUACGACUCUUGUACAAAAUAUCUGCCUUCCUGUAAAGUUGUAUCUAUGUAGUAGUUGUUUUCAGAGGUCUCGUCAAAUCCUCAGUAACUUCUUGGAACACAGGUUUUGGAAUGCUUGGAUAGCUACAGAAAUUAAUGUGACUUGUGAAUAAUUUAUAAUGACAAUACGUACUUGUUAAACACUUGACUAGCGAUAGAAAACAGUUGUAUGUUCUAAUAGCCAGGCUGAUGAUGAAAGGAGUUGGUGUUGUUGAAAUGUUAACUGUUGAUAGGUUGUAUAUGUGGGUAAAUAAAUUGUAAAAAAACUCA